UUAUAAACACUUUGACACCAUGCAACAUUUUAAUAGUAGUAGUAGUACUUCAUUUGUAAAUAUUAAAAAAAUCGCGAAAAUGUCAGCUGGACGCCGACGACGUGUUUCCAUCAGUGGUGGGAGAACCCAGAAAUGUUUCCACACGCCUUGCGGGCUGCUAGUCAGUAUUCACUUUCUAAUCGCGCCGAUCGCACUCGAUAAGAUACAAUAAUUCCGAUCGGUUCACUAUAGUCCGAUACUCCGAGUCGCGAUGUCUUACGAAGACUUGUUUUCCCAACUUAAGUGUCACGGUCAAGAACACCUGAUAAAGUACUGGCCAGAAUUAAGUGAAAAUGAGCGCGAACAAUUGGCGGGUGAGCUUAGAAAAAUCGACUUUGUGGAAACGAACGAGAUUUUCCAUAGAGCAAUGGAGUCGUCGAAAGUUAUCGCUGAGAAGCUGGACGAUGAUUUGAAGCCGAUUCCUCAGUCCCAUUACGAAGCCGUGCCUAGUUUGAGCCGGGAAAAGAUAGAGGAAUAUGAAAACUUGGGUUUUAGAGAGAUUUCUGAAGGAAAAGUUGGUGUUUUGCUGCUCGCGGGCGGGCAGGCGACGCGCCUUGGUUUCGGGCACCCCAAAGGAAUGUACAACGUCGGUUUACCGUCACAAAAAACUCUGUUCCAAAUUCAAGCUGAGAGGAUAGUUCGGUUACAGAAAAUGGCUGAGGAGAGAACAGGAAAAGAAGGCAAAAUCACUUGGUAUAUCAUGACUUCAGAACAUACUAUGGCUCCUACUGCUGAGUUCUUUAAGGAUCACUCAUUCUUCGGUUUAGAGGAGGAGAACAUUGUGUUCUUUGAACAGGGAAGACUACCAUGCUUUGAUUUCAACGGUAAAAUCCUCUUGGAUGAGAAAUACCAGUUAGCAUCAGCCCCUGAUGGAAAUGGGGGUCUGUACCGUGCCUUAAAAACCCAAGGAAUGCUUGAUGACAUUUCGAAAAGAGGUGUCGAACAUUUACAUGCCCAUUCAGUCGACAACAUCCUCAUUAAAGUAGCCGAUCCAGUAUUCAUUGGUUACUGCUUGAGCAGAAACGCAGAUUGUGCAGCUAAAGUUGUCCAAAAGUCUUCACCGAGUGAAGCUGUCGGAGUUGUGUGCAGAGUCAAUGGACAUUACAAAGUGGUUGAAUAUUCCGAGCUUAGUGAUGAAGCUGCUGAACGAAGGAAUCCUGACGGAAGACUUACAUUCUCUGCCGGUAACAUCUGUAACCAUUACUUCUCGUCUGAAUUCUUAAAGAAAAUAUCAAACUUUGAAAGCAAGUUAAAGCUCCAUGUCGCCAAAAAGAAGAUCCCAUACGUAGAUGAGAAUGGAAUCCGACAGAAGCCAACAGAACCUAACGGUAUUAAAAUGGAGAAAUUCAUCUUCGAUGUGUUUGAGUUUGCUGAGAAAUUCAUUUGCUUAGAAGUAGCAAGAGACGUUGAGUUCUCCGCUUUGAAGAAUGCUGAUGCAGCAGGAAAGGACUGCCCAUCAACCGCUAGACAGGAUCUUUUAAGGUUACACAGAAAAUACAUCAGGGAAGCCGGUGGCAUCAUCGAAGAUAAUGUAGAUGUGGAGAUAUCUCCGCUGCUUUCUUACGGAGGUGAGAAUAUUGAGGAUCUGGUGAAAAAUGAGGUGUUCACCAUAAGUCCGUUCCAUUUGAAGAGCAUGGAAGAGUCAGCGACCAAUGGAGUCAAUGGAACCAAUGGGAAACAUUAACUUACAAUGAUUUGUCAAACUUGAAGACAUUUUUGUGACCAUUUUGUGGGAGUUCCAAAAACGGUUCUGUACCAGGUAGGUGUUCUAUAAAAUAGAAAACUAAACUUAAAUAUUAUAUGUAUAAUAUUUUUGCACCCUGCACCCUUGGCAAAAACUGCCACAAUUUUUUUUGGACAAGUUUUUCCAGAUGAUUAUUGGUACAGUUACAGUGUACCGUAAUAUCUUUAGUAAUCAACACGGCAAAUUGUUAUUUGCAAAUUAAAAACAUUAAUUAAAAUAGUAAUUUCAUUACCUAUUAAAAUUACAUUAGUUAAUGUACAUGUUUAUUUAUGGGCCUUAGUGCAAAUAAUUUAACAGUUUUAAAACAUGUCUAUAAAUAUUACAUUGCUUUCUGUCAAUAUGAUUUUUCUAUAGGGUAAAUGUACCGUUAUUUGGCACCUUCAAUAGUCUUUUUGGUAGUUUUUACUUUAUUCAAUUAAUUAUGAAUUAUAGACACCAAAACUACUAAUAGUUUCUAUUAAUAGUAAACAAAACUAUUAAUAUUUUCAUAAUCUAUUUGUAAAGUUCUUUUAUCUUAGUUUUAUACAAAUGUAUAUAAUUUUUAGUACCCACUUUUCGCCCUAAAAAUCAAACUGACAUCACACAUUGAGCACCGUGAAAAUGGCAAAUCAUAAUUUCAUUAUUUGCCUCUCUUGCUGAGAGAGAUAUAGUUUGUCAAGCCAUUUUCGUCACUAGAAAAAAGCGGCAAGUUUAAAAAAUAUUCGUGCUAAUAUUUAUCGCCCCAUAGACAAUUUUAAUUUCGCGCCAUUUUCUAGUGAUAAACUUGUUUGACCGGCUAUAGAUAACAUUUUUUUGCGGUAGGUCCUCUGUAUCCUCAUAUCAUUCGAAAGUGAUGAAUGAUUCAGAAUUAAAAACCAAUAAGAAAUGCACAUUUUUAUUAUGUAUUAUAAAAUUUAUAAACUUCGUAAUUCCAAUCUAUUUAAGUUAUUCUUUAAUGAUCUCUAAUUUAUAACUGCCUUGGAUAAUAAUAGAAUGAGACAAUUGGUAGGAAACUAGGAAGAGUCAAAUGCAU